GUUUCCCGGGCGCGGCGGCUGCUGCUACGCAACGGGAGGCGGCGGCGAGGGCGAGGCCUAGUCCUGCUGCUGCUGCUCCGCCGGCGCCGGGAGAGAGAGAGAGAGAGAGAGAGACGGGCCGCCGCCGCCGCGGGUGAUGCUUUUGGGACAGGUGCCCAUGCGAGUCCCAGCUUGGCAGGUGCAGCGCCCACUCCGAGGCCUUCCAAGAGCAGGAUGAGGGCCGUCUUGUGUGCUCCGCAGCGUGUGCUGCAGCUGACCCUUGCCAUCAUUAAACCGGAUGCCGUCGCUCACCCUCUCAUCCUGGAGGCUGUGCACAAGACCAUCCUGAGCAAGAGAUUCUUGAUCGUCCGGAGUAAGGAUCUGGUGUGGAGCAGGCAGGACAGCCAGCAGUUCUACCAGGAGCACUCAGGGCGUUUUUUCUACCAGAGGCUGGUGGAGUUCAUGGCCAGCGGCCCCAUGAGGGCCUAUAUCCUGGCCCACGAGGAAGCCAUCCCGCUCUGGAGAUCUCUGAUGGGCCCCACCAAGGUGUUUCGGGCCCAGCACACUGCCCCGGAGUCCAUCCGCGGGGCAUACGGCCUCACUGACACGCGGAACACCGUGCAUGGCUCAGAUUCGGCAGCAUCUGCCAGCAGGGAAAUGGCCUUCUUCUUCCCGGAGUUCAGCGAAAGGGAGUGGUACCAGCACGAGGAGCCGCAGUUGCGUGGUGGGCCGGUUUGCUACGACACCAAGGCAGCAGUUCACCGAGUGCCCAGAGAUGGCUGGACACCAGAGGCGGACUGAAGUCAGGUGGGGGUCCUCUGCUGGGACUUAGGGGUCCCCUGCCUCCUGCCAAAGGAGCAGCAGCAGCCAGCAUGUGAACAUGUCCUUGGAGGGUGAACAGGCAGCUGCUAGGCACGGCAGACUACUCCGAACAGCCUCCAGAAUUGGAGUUUCGCCCGCCCAGGCUCUGCCAGGACCUGAAGAAUUUGGGCACACAAGAAGGACAGAGAAACGGUGCCAUUUGCACAGGUCUGUGCCAAAACAGUGUGUCCGUCCACCCAGA